UAAAGCUCUACGCAGCAGGAGCGGAUAAUAACAAACAAAACGCAGAAAAGCUUGCCGGACGGAAAUCUCCGCUGCCCGCGCCAGAGUUUACAGCUGUGCGAUUUAUCAGAGCGCUUAUCGAGCACUUUACAAGGCACCUGUAUGCGCACCUGUGUGUGCACCUGUCUCCUUACGUAAUGCUCUCAGCCACUCAACUGGGCCGUCUGGCAGCAGGUCGUAUUUUGCCCGGACUUGUGGCUAGACGUGCCCACACGGAGCGCAAGGUGCGGGUAAAAGAUGCUGGCGACCUGCACAUUGUCGAAUCCGGCAGCGGAUCACGCAGUUUGCUGCUGAUGCCCGGAGCUCUGGGUUCCGCCUGGACGGACUUCAAGCCACAAAUAGAGCAGCUGCCCAAGCUGCUGCCGGAUCAUACGAUAAUCGCCUGGGAUCCGCCGGGCUAUGGCAAAUCGGUGCCGCCGCAGCGCAAGUUUGGGCUGGAAUUCUUCCGCGAGGAUGCGGAGGCAGCCGUUAAUCUGAUGCGUGCCCUGAACAGACCCCGGUUCUCGGUGCUGGGCUGGAGCGAUGGCGGCAUCACAGCCCUAAUACUCGCCGGACGUCAUGCAGAUGCGGUGGAAAAGCUGGCCAUUUGGGGUGCCGGCGCCUAUUUGAAUGCGGAUGAGGUGAAGGCGCUAAAAGCGAUCCGGGACGUGGCCAAGUGGUCACCACGCAUGCGUGAACCCAUGGAGCGGGUGUAUGGCGCCGAGCGCUUUGCCCAGUUGUGGGCAGAGUGGGUGGACGCCGCCUGCGCUUUCUAUGCGCAGCGCGAUGGCGACUUCUGCCGCACGGAAGUGGGCCAAGUGAAGGCGCCGACUUUUAUACUGCACGGCAAAAAGGAUCCAAUGAUUGCGGCUGAGCACGUGCCCUGGCUAAAGCAGCGGUUGCCACUGGCACGCUACCACGAGUUUCCCGACGGCAAGCAUAACAUCCACCUGCGCUACUCUGCGGAGUUCAACCAGCUCGUGGCCGACUUCUUCGAAGGAAAAUAAAGCACGAAGGGAUUUGCUUAUGGAAAAU